CCAUUCUCGUUGGAGAUAGUUUAUGUCAUGAUAAUGAUUUAAUUAAUAUAUUUAUGAAUUUUAGUAAUGAAUUAUAUAAAUUAUUAAAAGUUCCCGAAUCUUUAGGAUUGAUUCAUCCAUGGAUUUUCCAACAGAGUCUUAUAAUGAGAUUUAGAUUUGGAAGGUGUAAAAUAAAGAAACUUCAAGAAAUUGUAAUUGAAAAAAUCAAGCCGGAGAUCGAAGAACGUCUUAGACAGGAACGAAAGUUUGGAAAUAACUGGAAACCUCCAGUUGAUUGUAUUCAAUACUUGUUGAGUCAACCUGGCGUAGAUAAAGAAAAUCCAGAUUAUGUUUGGAUAUCCGGAUACUUACUUGCAAUCACGUUCGCUUCAAUGUCAACAACGGUUUCUUCUACUACAAAUUUUUUAUUAGAUUUUGCUUCGAGACCAGAAUAUUGGGAUGACUUGUUAGAAGAGCAAGAAAAAUUCAACCCAAAUGAUAAAUUAACUGAUUUAGAUCAAAUUUCUAAAAUGGAAAAAUUGGAUAGUUUUCUCAAGGAAGCUUUAAGAUUAACUGGAAAUGUUUUUAGUUUAAUUCAUAGAGUAACUGGAUCAGAACUCAAAUUUUCUAAUGGAUAUCAACUUCCAAGAGGUAGUAACGUUGGAAUUUAUUUAAAAAACGUACAUUAUGAUGAUGAAAGAUACGGACCAGAUCCAAAUAAAUUUGACGGAUAUAGAUAUUUAGGAAAAGAAUCUCCAACAUCGAAAGUUUCUAGAGACUUUCUUCACUUUGGUAUGGGACGACAUGCUUGUCCUGGAAGAAUUUUUGCUAUUAAUGAGAUAAAAAUGCUUAGUAGUAUUCUUAUUAAGAAAUAUAAAAUUACUACAAAAAGUAAGAAAAGGCCUUCUAAUUUUAUAAUUAGUGGUGUUUCUUUCCCUAAUCCUGAACCAUUGAUCUUUGAAAAAAGAGUGAAAGCAUAAAUUAUAAUUUUUACAAUUAAAAAUUAAAUAUUAUGUCAUUUCUUUUAUUAUUAAUUUUAUGUAAUUUAUUUAUUAUUGAAUUUUUUUAUUCACA